AUGAAUAACUAUAAUAAAAUGGAUAACCAAGCACCUUUAAGAACAUGUGAGAAGUGUAUGUGUAAAAUUACAUACAAGAACUAUGCCAGACAUUUAAAAACAAAGAAACACAAUGAAGUCAAGAUUAAUGUGAAAGAAUUAAAGACGGAAUUGAAGUGGUAUGGAAUGAAAAAUGUUGAUAAAAUGAAAAAAUCAGAUUUGUUAGUGAACAAAGAUAAAAUCAAGGCUAUUAAUAUUGAUAGAGAAAAAUUGUUGAAAUUAUCAAAAAAGAAAUUGAUUGAGUUUAUUCAGGAUAACAAUUUCAAUAUUAAUAAACAGUUGAGAAAAGAUCAAAUAGUAGAAAGGUUACUCGAUUUUCACUCAAAUAAAACAUUACCUCUGCCCAAAUGGGAAUUUGUGGAUGAAAAUUUUAAAUCAAGACAUGCUCAAUUUGAUAUGAAAAAUAACUGGGAUAUUAAAGAUAUGUCAAAGUUUUUACAUUUUAUGAAAAAACAUGUUAGUUCUUUACUUCAAGAAUGGAUGAAAAAGCAUAGUGGUAUUAAAGUGAAUUUUUGUGUUUCUGCAACUUAUGUAGACACUCGAGAUGAAACAAAAAUUGCAUACAAACAUUUGCAAACUAAGAAUGAUAGAAUUACUAAUAGAAGUGAAUUAACAAAUGGAAUUUCAACUUUAAUGAAGAGUGUACUUGAUAGACAUGAAAAUAUCAUUGAUGAAUUAACAGGUAGUCCAUGGCGAAUAAUAUCAAUCAAUAGUUUUAGAGUAAAUAUAAACAAAUAUGAUCCACUUAGAGCAGGUUCCUAUAUUGAUCUUCCAAAAACUUUAAAAGAUAAGAAAGCAAUCAUAAAUGUUAAAAAUAAUGAUAAUGAAUGCUUUAAAUGGUCACUUUUAGCAUGUUUAUAUCCUGCAAAAGAUAAUCCACAAGAAAUAAUAAAGUACAAAGCAUAUGAGAAAACUUUUGAUAAAGCUUUGAAAGAUAUUGAAUUCCCAAUUAAAAUUAAAGACAUUGAAAAAUUUGAAAAUAAAGUGAAUGAAUUGAAAUUGGUAGAAGGUGGAUUAUCUAUUAAUGUUUAUCAUCAUGAUGAUCGUUGUAAAAUUUAUCCCUUACACAUUACCAAAGAAGAGAAAACAAAACAUGUUGAUUUAUUGUAUUUAUGUGAAGAGAGUAAUGAUAGAAAUACUCACUACUGUUGGAUUAAGGAUCUAACAAAAUUGAUUAAAAGUCAAUUAACCAAAAACACUCAAAAAAUACAUUUUUUGUGCAAAAGGUGUCUUUGUCAUUUUUACAGUGAAGUUAAAUAUUUAGAACAUAGAGAAAGCUGUAAAGUACAUGAUCCAGUUGCAGUAAAACUUCCUCUUAAAAGUGAUAACAUUUGUGAAUUUACAAACUAUAAUCGAUCAAUGAAAAUUCCUUUCACAAUAAUAGCUGAUUUUGAGUGUAUACUUAGAAAACUUGAAAAAACUAAAGUAGAGGAAGAUGCUAAAACACAAAAAAUUCAAGAGCACGUACCAAUUAGUUGUGUUUAUUACAUUUUAUAUGAGAAUGGAGAAAUAUCAGAGAACAUGUUUGAAUAUUUUGGAAGUAAUACCCCUCAAGUAUUGUGUGAAAAAUUAUCAGAAGAUGCAGUACGUAUUGCUAAUGAAUACAUAUAUAAUUGUAAAAAAAUGAAGAAACUGACCAAUAUACAAAAAUGUGAAUAUAAAGAAGCAACAAUAUGUCAUAUUUGUGAAAGAAAAUUGAGUGAUUUCCCACCUAUGAUGGAAAAAAAUAUUAAUAAAUUGAGAAAAGAAAUAGAAAUUACUUCAAAUAUUUUAAAGUAUCAUGAUGAUCAAACACUGACUGAUAGACUAGAGAAAUUAGAAUUAGAUUUGAAAGAGAAAUUAGAUGAUGAAGAAAAAAAUAAAAAGAAAGUUCAGGAUCAUGACCAUAUAACAGGUGAAUAUAGAGGUGCAGCUCAUAGUCUUUGCAACUUGAAUUACAAUGUACCUAGUUUCAUACCCGUCUUGUUUCACAACUUUUCUGGUUAUGAUUCCCACUUAUUAGUCAAAGAAUUUGCUGGAACUACAGAUAAUUUAAAACUAAUUCCAAAUAAUGAGGAAUCUUACAUCAGCUUCUCAAAAGUUGUAAAGUUUCAACACUAUUCAGGAAAAGAGGGUAAAAUAGAACUUAGAUUUUUAGAUUCAUACAAAUUUCUAUCUGAACCACUUUCUAAAUUGGCUAAAAACUUGGAAAUGUGUCAUUUCAAAAAUUUAAAGAAAUGGUUUGAUAAUACAGUACCACCUGGAAAUGAUUCAUUGUUCAAUUUGUUGACUGAAAAAUUGGCUUACCCUUACGAUUAUAUGGACUCAUUAGAAAAAUAUGAUGAGGAAGAGUUACCAUCUAGGGGAAAUUUCUACAACUCCUUGAAUGAUGAACAUGUAGAUGAACAGGAAUUUUUACGUGCUCAAAAAAUUUGGGAACAUUUCAACAUUAAAAAUCUAAAAGAGUUUACAAUGUUGUACAAUAAAAUUGAUGUACUCUUGCUAGCAGAUGUGAUUGAAAAUUUCAGAAAAACUGCACUUGAAAUUUACAAGUUAGAUCCACUUUGGUAUUAUACUACCCCCGGAUUUGCUUGGGAUUGCAUGUUGAAAACAACAAAACAAAAAUUGGAAUUGAUAACUGAUGUAGACAUGUUGUACAUGUUUGAAAAUGCCAAGCGUGGUGGAAUUUCCCAAUGUUCAAAUAGAUAUGAAAAAGCCAAUCAUAAGUACAUGGGUGAAAAAUUUGAUAAAAAUAAAGAAUCAACAUUCAUUCAGUAUUUGGAUGCAAAUAAUUUAUAUGGAUGGGCUAUGAGUAAACAUUUACCAUAUGGAGGGUUUUGGUGGGCAAAUCCAAACGAUUUUACUUACAGUAGAAUUUUGAAAAUGAGAGAUAACCAAAGCAAAGGAUAUCUGUUUGAAGUUGAUUUAAGCUAUCCAGAAACAUUACAUGAUUAUCAUUCUGAUCUACCUUAUUGUGCAGAAAAUAUUAUUGAUGAAAAUAGACUUCCUAAAUUAUUCACAACAUUAUAUGAUAAGAAGAAAUAUGUUUUACAUUAUUUGAAUCUUAGACAGGCUCUUGAAGCAGGUUUGAAAUUGGAAAAAAUUCACAGAGUUAUUCAAUUCAACCAAUCAGAUUGGAUGAAAGUAUAUAUUGAUAAAAAUACAAAGCAUAGACAAAAUGCAAAAAAUGAAUUUGAAAAAGACUUUUUUAAAUUGAUGAAUAACUCGGUGUUUGGUAGAACAAUGAUGAAUGUGCGAAAUCAUGUGGAUAUAAAAUUGAUUAGUGAAGGUAAAAAAUAUACAAAGUAUGUUUCAAAACCAAAUUUUGUAAAAUCAACAUUUUUUGCAGAAGAUCUUGCAGCUGUUCACAUGAAAAAAACUCACAUCAAUUUCAAUCAACCAAUUUAUGUGGGUGUUUCUAUUUUAGAUAUUUCAAAAACAUUGAUGUAUGAUUUCUAUUAUAGGUUGAAGAGAGAAUAUAAAAAUGAUGUUAAACUUUUGUAUACUGAUACAGACUCAUUAAUUUUGUCAAUAAAAACGCCAGACUUUUACAGUGAUAUGAAAGGAAUGAUUGAUGAAUUUGACACAUCAGACUAUCCUGAGAAUAAUAUAUAUGGUAUUCCUCAAGUUAAUAAAAAAGUUAUUGGUAAAUUCAAAGAUGAAAUGAAAGGAAAAAGUAUUGAAGAAUUCAUAGGGUUAGCUUCUAAAUUGUACUCCAUCAAAGUAUUUGAAGAAGAUGAAAAGAAAAGAGCAAAAGGAGUGAAGAAACAUGUAAUCAAAAAUCAAAUCACCCAUAAUGAUUAUAAAGAAUGCUUAGAGAAGAAAAUAACAAAGAGUUUCAAGCAGAAAAUUAUACAAAGUAAAAAUCAUAAUAUUUACACAUUUGAACAAGAUAAAAGAGGUUUAUCUCCAUUUGAUGACAAGAGAUGUAUAUUUGACAAUGAAACUUUACCUUGGGGACAUUAUAAACUAGAAGUAGAAAGACAGAAUUUUAUCACACAUUUGAAAACUCUCUCUUCACUAAUAUAAAUAACUUUGGUUAAAAUUUUUUUUUUCCUUAUUAUAAAAUAAUAAUAUGAUCAAUAAUGAAAAGGGGCAUCUUAAAUUAUUACUCUCUCAUGUAAAUUGGUAUAAUGUUUCAAGUAAUCAGGAACUAUCAGAAAAUUUAAUCAGAGAAUUCAAAGACAAAGUAUAUUGGUUUGCAAUUUCAGGUCAUCAAAAACUGUCAGAAGAUUUCAUUAGGGAAUUCAAAGGCAAAGUAAAUUGGUUUGAAAUUUCAGGAAAUCAAGCACUAU